GCAAAAUAUAAAAUGUGCAAAAUACGUGAGAGGGAGCACCUAAUUCACUAUGGAGCCCGAACUUAUAUAUGGAGUACUAUAUAUUACCUCCCAUAUAUGAAGUAUACAACAUAAGUAUAUAAUACAAUCCCUCCUCAAAUUAUGCAGCAUCACAAGGCCAAGUAGCCCCCCCACUUCUUAGUUGCCUCCUACCAGUUUUCCUUAGAUUUUACACACAAACCUCCCCCAAUAAUUGUCUUCUUCUUACAACAGUUCGUUGAAAAAACUUAGACAGGAAUCUUUUGCUUCACAAGACAGCACAGAUAGAUCUCCUUUGUGCUGUCGAGUUGACCCAAAAAAGAACAAAAAAACCCAAAGCAAAAAACACAAAAAUAAAUAAAUUUUACUCAUCUGAUUAUUCUCAUUAAAAGAUUAGCCAGGAAAGUCUCAUAAUAAUAUAAAAGGCAAUACAUUGCCAUGCAGGUUCUUCAGUGGCUGUUCAAGGUACCACAAGAUCAUAAACAGGAUAUAAAUCAUCACCACUCCAACUUAGAGAUCAAAUCUCCUAAGGCAAGGGAAACAUCAAAAGAGGUGAUUUCUUACAAGAAGAAAAGGGUUUACAAGAAAUUCCAAAAACCUGAAGAAACUUCACUAGAUUGUAGGAAGUUUAGGUAUCUAACUUUCUUACUUAAGAAAGGAAACUCAAGAAGUAAUUAUUUUUCUUCAACACUUCAUCAGAGAAGAAUAAGCAACUGCAGUGAUUACCAAAAACAGCAUUAUAUUCUUUCAAUGAAGUUGAAGGAGGAAAUUGUUCGCGCCGGCCUAGGGAAAAAUCUUAAGGCUGAUUCAAGUGCUCAUGUUGGUAAUAAGGUCUUGCCAAUUAAUGAUUCAACUUCUUCGUCUUCGUCGUCGUUGUCAUCAACAUGUAAUAAUGCAGAUGAUCAGCAGCAUUGUCGAUCGUCUGAUCAGAAGAAACAGAGAUCUAAUAAAGGAGAAAGUAAUAAAGCUAAGACACUUUCAAGGAUGAAGGAGCUUCUGAGAUGGGCUGCUGCUGCUAAGUCUGACAAAGGAGGAAAAUUUGGGAAAAAGGUAUUGCACUUUAGGAAUAAAUCAGCAACAAUAAAGUCAGGAGGAUUGGAUGAUGAUGUUAGCAUUGAAUCUCCAAAGAUAAGCUUAAGAUGGGAAGUAGAGAGUAAUUGUUCCACUACUUGCUCUGCAGCUUCAGCUCCGCCAACAUUGAAGUAUGAUGAAUCUUGUCGAAGGACAGGGAGUUGGAUCACAACAGAUGAUGAAUUUGUCGUGCUAGAGCUCUGAAGCGAAGAAAGAAAAGGCAGACACUACAUUAUUAGAUUCAAUAAGAGGGUAUUGGAUAUUUAGAUGACUAAAAUGUACCACUAGUUUUUUUUUUCUUUUUCUUUUUUUCGCAAUUAUUGCUAGAUAAUUCCUCUUUUCUUCAAAUGAUGCAGCAUUUGCUCUGUACACGAUAUCCAAUACACUAUUUUGAUCCUUAAUAUCUUUAAUUGUGUAUAAGUAAAUCUAUAAAAAAAGUUGAUAUUACAAAAGUAUGGCAAAAUUGGCUUCGAUACCACAAACUAUGGCUCGGGUUCACCCAACAUCACAAACUUUGACUAGUAGUCAAAACACCAUGAACUAUUGUUCUGGGUGCAGUAUAGGAAUGACGCUGGAUGUACAUUUUAUCUCCGAUGACUAGUAGCCAAUCUCAAGCUUUCUCUGUCUAAAAUUAUAACACCCACUAGUAGAUAUUGUACUCUUUGGGCCCUAGCCCGCAUGGUUUUGCUUUGGUGCAGAACCAAAAUCCUACCCAAAAGAC